GUGAAGGGGGCUGUGGGGGUGUGUGUCUGUGUAUCUCUGUUUUGUUUUGCGGUUUGUUAGUUUCAAUUGGAUUUAUUUUGUGUAAUUUUAACAAUUAUCGUAUUGUUAUUAUUACAUUUAAACUCGUGUUGCUCUACUACGAUGUCUAUAACAACACUGUAUUAUUUGCAACUUAAAAAAGAAAAUGCUCAUGAUGAUGCUAUAUGGUGCUGUAGUUGGAGUCAAAUUAGUCAUGAAAAGAGCAAAGAAGUGAGUGAGAAUGCCGAAAAUGUUGAAAACUCGCAAGAUUCAAAUCACUCCCAAGAGCCUCCAGAAAACUAUAUAAUAACGGGAGGAUUGGAUGACAUCAUCAAAGUAUGGCAACUAGAGAAUGGCAAGUUGGAAAUCAAGCAUCAGCUAGAAGGACACUCUCUUGGUGUCAUUUCAGUGGUUGUUAGUCCUGAUGGGAAGACACUAGCAAGUAGCUCCCAAGACUCUUCGCUAAUAUUAUGGGACAUAGCAUCAGGAGAGAAAAUAAAGACCAUGGAGACAGAGACCACGGAUGUGUGGACACUGGACUUCUCCCCUGACGGCAAGCAUGUGAUCUCAGGCAGUAACGCUGGCAGAAUAUCAAUAUUCAGUGUGGAAAGUGGCAAGGAAGAACAGACCUUGGACACGAGAGGGAAGUUCACACUUAGCGUAGCUUAUAGCCCAGAUGGCAAAUACAUAGCAAGCGGCGCUUUAGACGGUAUCAUAAAUAUAUUUGACGUGGCACAAGGCAAGCUGGUACACACUCUGGAAGGACACGCCAUGCCGAUAAGAAGUUUAUGCUUCUCUCCCGACUCACAACUUUUAUUGACUGCCUCAGAUGACGGACAUAUGAAACUUUACGAUGUAGUACAUGCAAAUUUGGCGGGCACAUUAUCCGGACAUGCGUCGUGGGUAUUAUCAGUUGCCUUUUCACCAGAUGGCAAGAGAUUUGUUUCCAGCAGUUCUGAUAGAACUGUGAGAGUUUGGGAUCUGGAUAGUAUGCAGUGUCAACAUGUAUUUAAAGAACAUAACGAUCAGGUCUGGGGUGUCAAAUUUAAUAUGGAGAGCAAUAAAAUUAUAUCAGUAUCUGAAGAUAAAAGUAUCAAUAUAUACGACUGCCCAUUAUAAUACUAUUAUUCAGUGCUUUAUUUAUGUAUUAAAUUAUGAUAUAGAA